AUGUCACCAAAAAUUAGGAUUGUCCUGGAAGGAUACGCGCGGUAUCGUGAUGGCAAGAAGUGGAAGAAACGCUACUGUGUGCUUUCUCUGUCACCGACCAAUCCCGAUGCUUUACAUCUAUACAUUACAAAAAGUUAUGAUGACUUUGCAGCUUAUCGUAAUUCAGGCUCAGUGCUGACAGCUAUACUCCCUGUUGUGCGUAAAUUACAUGAGCUACCUAUCUCCUCAGAAUCCCGUGGUCUGUUAGGCGAAUCAACUGUUACUCAAAGGUCAUCUGAUCAAACUUAUGCUUCGUCAUCAGUGUCACUUCAACAAAAAAGCUUAACUUCACAAACCAUACUAACCAGUCACAACUCAUGUCCAACUUCGAAUAGUCCACUAGUCAAUACAGCAGUUCAUUCAUGUGUGGCUGCCUUAGGAAGUACUUCUUCAGGGCUUGCAACAGCAUCUAAUCUAGCUUCAAGUGUUGGUGGUCCAGCACCCAUUGAUGAAAUAACAGGGUUUGAAAGUGGUUAUCAUAUGGAUAAGGAGUCGAAUAUAAUAGUUUUGAUCGGUGGCUCGUCUGUGUAUGCUUUAGCUUUAUCGGGUAUGGAUGAAAUGUUCCGUUGGGCUGACAAUUUGGCUCGCAUUGUUGUUGAUAAUCGAUUUCGGGUCACAUUACGUCAUACUGGAGAUGGUAGUAAAUUAUAUCAAGGUCUUCAAGGGAGUUUACAUGUACAACAUUGGAGAUUGUGCUUAAUUAGUGAACCAUCGACUGGAUGUAAAUUUAUUUGUAGUUGGCGGUUGGAUCAUGUAGAUAAAGCGUAUACAAUGACUAUGCCUGCUCAGAAUGCCUGUCAAUUUUUCCCACCAAACAGCAGUAUUAGUGGUAAUAAUAAUACUGCUAACAAUACUACAACAGUGAUCAAUAAUAAUGCUACUACUUCAUCUAUUUCAUCAAAUUCAGUGGUAACUGCCUCACCCUCAUUCAAUAGUAUUAACUCACAGAAUUCUGAUGCUCAUCGAAGUUCCAUUUCUUUUGGUUCUGGAUCACGAAAUCCAGCAUUGAUGUCGGCGACAACACAAUCGUCUACUUAUGCUAGUUCUAAUAAACAUUUAUUUUUUAUGGAAUGCAGUCCUGCCUCUGGAAAGGGUCGUGGUUCAUAUAUUUUCGAAAUUGACGGUAGUCGAUUAAUUGAGUUGACUGUAGCUAUUGAACAGUUCACUGCUUUACGUUAUAAUCCUAAUCUGAGACCGGCUACAUCUGCAGAAGCAUCUCAAUUGACUGUUACAGCUCAAUCUGGUUUAGGUACAAGUGGUUUCAGUGGAACAGAUUGUUGUAAUAAUAUUUUUCGUAGUAAUCCAGUCUGUACAAAUCAAGUAAACGGUAAUGUUGGACUUGAUGAUCUCGGUGUUGCAUCUUCAUUCUCUUCAGAUACAAGUAGUAAUCCUCGGUCAGUGUCACCAACACAUCAUCAUCAUCAGCAACAACAACAACAACAACAAUUAACAAAAAGGCGUAGCCGUGAUAGUAUAUUUAAUCCAUUACGUAAAAUUUCUUCUGGUCAUCAUAAUUUUAAUUUCUUCAAAAUAAAUGAUUAUCAAUCAUCAACUAUUGAUCGUCUAUCCAGUAAGCAAGUGUUACCACAAUUUUAUGGUCAAUCAUCAGUGCCUGCAAUGAAUUCCAAGUGUGGUUGGAGUCUACAAAGAACUUCAUCUUUAUCACCAUCAGAUAUAAUUACAAAUGAUUUAGUACUAGAUAGUUAUAAUUCUAAUUCAUUAUCAAGGCCAACUAACUGUGAUCGUGUGAAUGGGAGCAGUUUUAAAGGGCAAACAGUUGGUAGUGUCGGUGGUACAACUAACACUGGAGUUACACCCGCUGCUGCUGCUGCUGCUAUUAACAUUCAAGAAAACACCAACAGUCCAACUGACACUUCAAAUUCAAUGAUGAAACCUUCACAGAAUCUAGAUUUCAAUAUAUAUAAUCUUGAUCGAUCCAUUGCUUCUGUUAAUCCACCUGCAUCUUCUAUGUGUUCCUGCUCACCGUCAAUUACUGGAACCAUUCACAGUAGUAGUAGUAGCAGUAGUAAUAAUAAUAAUGUUCAUUUCCCUGUGCUUUCAAACUUAUCCUAUCGUUUAGUAGAUGAUAGUAAUACUUUGUCUUCAUCUCUAACUGGUCAUGAUUUAAUUGAAAAUAUGUCUGAUACAAAUUACUUUCUUGAUGAUAAUGUACAGGUGGCUAAAGUUGCAGCUGGUCUGAUUAUUUCUAAAAAACCACCUUACUAUUACAAUAAUAGCGUCAUUACUAGUGUAGGCAACAGUGUAAUUGGCGGUAGUGGUGGCGGUUACCCUCUACGAACCUCGUGUAAUAUAACAACAACCAGUGCACUAUAUUUUGGUCCAAUUAAUCUAAACAAUGUGACUACUACUGGUAGUCAUAGACAAGCACCACCACUUCCCCCGUCUUCUUCAUCAAUCCGUCAUCAUCAACAUACUCAUCAUCAUCGUCUUGUUAUUGAAGGUAGUCUAUCAUCAAGUGGAUGUAGUACAACUGCAGUCCUCCCAUCAGUUCCUAUACCAUCUAUUGGUACUAAUCCUCAUUCUAUUAUGCAACAUUCAUCUUCUUCAUGUUCUAGUGAAUGUAGUCGAAUACGUUUUCAUCCUGAUCUACAAUCUAAGCAACAAUCACAUCCACCACAACAACAACACCAUCGUAAAAGUUCAUCAAAUCUUAAUUUAUCCUGUCAAAUAUCUGAUUCAUUGCACACAUCAAAUUCAGAUUUGAACCAUGGUCUUGUUAACUCUUCAAUGGAAUCAACAUUAGAUCAGGUUGCUAAUAACAAAGAGUCUCAUGUUAUAAAUGAAAGUAUACCUCCAGUUCAAACCACUUCUACUCAUGAAGUAUUCAGUACAGAUGAAGACUUCUGGGAUCCUCGCAACUGUAGUAACCAUUGCAAAGCUCAAUUAAAUUUAUCAAAAACUAGUUUGAUUGACGGUUGUGUUAGUGAUGGUGAUAUGCUGAAGAAAUCCAAUCAUCUUUAUAUUAUGACUGAUAUGCCAUCUUCAUCAACCGCAUCUGGAUCACAUGUAUUUAAAGAAUCAUGGUUUGAUACAUCUGGGCGACACAAAUCCAUCAGUGCAACACACAGUCCUCAUCCCUUUUAUCUAUCAUCAGUUGAGCCAGGACAGUGUAUUUAUCGUCAUCGGCUGCAACAGUAUCGUGCUUGUCUUUGUACAUCUCUACUUCGGAGAUCAUUUUCCGCUAAUUUUAACCUUCAGUUAAUUGAUAUAUCGAAUUCUGUGCAACCAGACUGUCGUCCAUCGUUGACAUUACGAGCUAUGCGUUCGUUAGAUAGUUGUAUUGUUUCUCGGUUAGCCGUGUCGAAUGAUGAAUACGAUUCGGUUCAGAAUAUUUCUGGUCAUAAUUCUAGACAUUGUCGUGCAUCACGGUCAUUCAGUAAUAAUUCGAAUAUUUCUGUUCGCCCUCCACCAUGUAAAUCUAUUUGUGGAGGCCGUUUACAAAAAUUUCACAGGUUAUUUCAUCGUAAGCAUUCUCAAAGUCAUGAUAGUCUUCAGAACCGAAGAAACUCUGUGGAUAAACCUUCUUUAUUCAGUGACCUGGACUGUUGUAUGCAAAUAACUGAUAGAUUGAAUUCCGAUAAACAUUUAGGUUCAAAUAUACCAACCUGGGAUGAGAUUGAUGGACGUGAAGAUCACCUCACUACCAGUAGUCGAAGUAGGAGUAUCGAUCUUUCAUGUCGGAUUAUUAUCUGCCCUCGACAUGGUGUUCGAAGUCUCCACUGGGACAUGAAUCAACUGCAAAUUCUACGGUCAAAUAGUAAGAAAAGUAGUAGUGUUUCAAAGCCGAAGAAGCUAAAUCAACGUAUCACACUAACCUCUAGUCAUCAGAAACAUUCCAAGUCUCCAGUUCUACCAUCUCAUUCUUCAAAUACUGCUAUACCUAACAUUAUUUUAUCCGUACCGCUUUCUGUUCGUUUAGUGAAUCGACAAAAUCAUCAUUAUUUCAGAAAGAGUUCUGACCACUUCACAAAGAAGGUGAAAUCGAAAGCUACAGCUUUAGAUUUACACGAAAGUAAUAGUGAUACUGAUCCUGCUGUGGAUCUCCCCACAAUUAAGCAUGCAACACCAAACAACCAUCCGCUUCCUGACGAUGAAAUUUCACGUUCAUUAUCACCUUUACACAAACAUUUCUCUACAUCGUCUACAAUAAAUCAAUUGUGUAGUUAUUCUACAAUUGGUAAUUACAAUCCCCCUCCAUCUAAUGAAAGAAGUCAAUCUCUUAUAUCAGUAAAUUCAUUGCCAUGCUCUGAACCUUCAUUGUCCAAAGUUGAUUUACUUCAUUCUCUAUUACAUAUUAACUGUGACAAUUUAACAGAAACUUGUUUAAAAUCAAAAUUUAAUUCCCUACUAUAUAAACACCAAGCGGAACAGGAUAAGGAGAUUAACUUAUCACUUAUACAUAACUCACAUCAUCGUCAUCAUUCAGAGCUAAGUGGUUCAUUAUCAUCAAAUGAUUUCAAAUGUCAUCCAUUAUUAAGUUGUCAUGAUAAGUCAUUGGAUUCGUUAACUACUCAUUGUGAUGUAGAAUUUUUGGCUGAACUACGCUCACAUUUAUUACAAAUGAAUUCUCAAAACAACAAUGAUAAUAAUAAUAAUAAUAAUAAUAAUAAUAAUAAUAAUAAUAAUAAUAAUAAUAAUAGUGAUAAGAAGAAUGAAAAUGGUACUGUUGUCGACACUCAUCAUCAUCAGAUAAAAGAGAGUAGUGAAGAUUGUCCUUCUAUCCGUCGUUUAAUGAGUUCUUCAUGUCAUAGUGGUGAUAGUGGUAACAGUUUACAAUUAUCACCUACUCCUGACAGAUAUACUAAACAUGGACAAUUGUUCCAAGCAAUAACAUCAUCAGGUGGAGGUAAUGAUAAAGUAUGCUCAAAAUUGUCUUACUUGACCAGUGGAAUCAGUAACAACAAUCUGAAUCAUUCGGUGAAUAAAAUCGGUACUAAUGGACAAUUGUACACGUGUAAAUAUGAGCGAUAUGCCCAUAAUAGUGUUAAACCCAUUUCUUCAUCUUUCAUUUCCACUACAAUAAGAGCUAAUACUUUACCAACUACAAAGAUACUUCGUGAACAAUCGAUUAAUAAAAACACUAUUCAUGAUGGUUAUAAUACUACUGGUAAUAAAAAUCCAUACUAUCAUGCAUAUAUCAAUUCAAGAAUGAGUGUUGUUGACAAUCAAGAAUCCCCUGUCAUAGUUAGUACUGGUCAAAUUCAGAAAUCGAAUCGAUUACAGUCUGUCAACAAUUUUGAUAGUCUUCUACCUAUGGUUUUACAUCGUUCUAGUCAUCGCAUUCCUAAAAUAUCCAGUAUACAGGAUAAUGUAAAUGAUACAGCAAUGACUCGAAAAUUACCUUAUCAACCAGAAGUUGAUUCAUCGUUGCAGACUGUCACCGCCAUCACUAACAACAACAGUAGAAGAAAAUCAAAUGAAGAAGUCGAUGAUAAAUCAUCACUUCCACCUAGUGAGCAGCAGCCAACUUCUGAGUUUCCCAUCUAUAAUAAUUUAGUGGAACUGCGAGAAUCCUUCACUCUUCCAAGUGAUGAUGGCAUAGCACAUGGUUUGAAAUCUAUUCCUAUAUCUCAGUCAUCAUUGGCAGUGCAUACUUCUACAGUUGGAUGCACACAGUCUGGACUAUCAUUAUCUCAGUUUUUACAAUCAAUUGUCAAUGAAGAAGAUGGUGAUCAUCGUCACUCUCAGUCGUCAUCAUCAUCAUUAGCCAAUUAUGUGAAUUUGCCAACCUUUUGGUCUACUAAUACUCAUCCGACUACAUCGUCAUCAAUAUUUCAUACACCUAUGGGAUAUCAGCAACAACCUAUUAUUUCAUCACCACCUACUUGUCCGUCAAGAGAACAUCGAUUGUAUGCAAAUUUGAUGUCUAACACAAGUCAACCGCAACAGCUAUGUAAUAAACAGAUAAAAUAUUGUAAAUCCAAUUUUAGUCAGUUAUCGAAGAGUAAUACUCAUUAUACUGUUGAUAGUAAUAUUGUAAGCAGCAAUAAUAAUGGUAAUUUGUCCAAUGGAGAUAUACAAUUACCGAUAGAUAACAAUAAUCAUUAUUCACAGAUAAUGAAUUUAUUGAAUAAAUCUAAUUCUUACGGUGCUGUUUCAUUGAACAAUACCAUUCCAACUGCACCAACUCAGUGUUGUGUAGCAGCGACGGGAGUGCUUAUACCAGCCAAUCUACCUACGGAGACUGAUUAUUCAGACUUACCUGAUGAGGUUCGUGAUCCUAGUCCAAGUUCAACUAUUCCAUCAGCUGAAUUAACUUUAAACUUAAUUCAACAUCGUAAUGAGCAUAAUGAUGGUGGUCAAUCGUCUACUACUAGCAGUAGCAGUAAUAGUGGUAAUGGUUUAAAUAACAGUACUAGUACAGAUACUAUUGAAAACUAUCCAGCAGUUAGAAAUAGUAGUCAUCUUGAUUCAAUUAGUCAUAGUAAAAAGAAUAAAUCGAAGAAAAAGAAUUCUGUUGGUACUACUGAUUCAUGUGAUGAUCAUUUCACUACAAUUGAUUCUAUAACAUCUCGUCGACGACAUAGUCAUAGUUUAUCAUCAGUUUCAACAGAUCCACCUAUUCUUAACUAUGUACAUGUUAUUACUGGUGUAUCAUCUAAUACACGUUUUACUUCAACUGAAACAACUCAAUCAUCUGAUCCUAGUUCAGUAUGUGAUCCUAACAGAGAAAUAAUUACAGAUUUAGGCAAUUCACCAAGUUCAAGUAGUGGUUUAGGCGGAAAUACAUCACAAUCAAAUACAUCUUCAUUAGCACCUGCAUCAUCAACUUCUUUUGGUGAAAUUUUUUCAUGUCGAUCUAUGACAUCUUCAGGUACAUCAUCAGUAGAAGGUAAUCUUGAAGUGGAAUUAUUAAAUGAUUCACCUGAUGAGAAUUGUGUCAAAUAUACACAACUUGAUUUUACACGUACAAUGGCAUUAAGUGAAAUAUCAUGUGUUAUAGGUCAAAAUGAACAAAAUUCAAAUAAAUCACCUACAACAAUCGGUGUACGCAAUACAAAUCGAUGGAAUAAUUCUAAUAAAAUUGAUCGUACUACCUCAGUUAAGAAGACAUUAUAUCGUUCUAUCCGUUUAAUAGGUCGUGGAUCACGUAAAAAAAUUGGCUAA